AUGUCACUGGCAGAAGAAUUGCUUGCUGAUCUGGAAGAAGAUGGCUAUGAUGAUAGUGAACCUAUGAUCAUAGAAGAUGAGGCUUCUCGUGAACUUCAAGACAAUGCUUUGGUUCCAAAACAAACUGGUAUUUUGAACAAUAUUUUAUUAAUAUUAUAUAUAUCAAAUUAAUAAAAUAAUAAUAAUUAGUACUUUUUUGAAUUUACUUAUAGAUUUUAAAAAUGUUAAAAUUCGGGAUCUUGCUAAACUACGUGAUUCAAAGCGCCUAAUAGAUAUAAUGCUACAAAUAGAUAUAUUUCAAAGCAAGCAACGAAAUGGUGAUGAAGUUUUAGGACCGUCCGAAUCUGAUCCUGAAUAUCUGCUCAUUGUCGAAGCAAACAACUUGGUUGUUGAAAUCGAUGAUGAAAUUUGUAUGAUAUUUAAAAUAUUUAAUAGUUUAGAAAUCAAUUUUAAUUGUAUUGAUUUUGUUUUUCAGUAAUCAUACAUAAAUUUGUUCGAGAUAAAUAUUCAAAACGAUUUCCAGAGUUAGAAUCUUUAGUCGUUGGUCCAUUAGAAUAUGUGCAAACAGUUAAAGAACUUGGAAAUACUCUUGAACAAUCAAAAAACAAUGAAGUACUUCCAACAUUUCUUACUCAAGCUACUAUUAUGGUAGUUUCUGUAACUGCAUCAACAACUCAAGGGUAAACAUAUUUUUAAUUAUUUUAUAUUUACUAUUCAUUGUAACAAUUUGUACAGUUUCUAGUAUCAUAGACUAGUGAUUAUCUACAAAGAUUUGGAGUAUAAUUGAUUUUUAUUUUUUCCGGUAUUGUAUUAUGUAGAUAUUUUGAAAAUUUUACUUUUGUUUCGUGUACAGUUAUAGUGCUAAUCAGUUUGACUAUAAUUGUCAUAUAACAUUAGCAAAUAUCAACUACUGUUGGUUAAAUUACAACCCAUAUUUUUUUGAAGCUCCGAUAUUCUCAAUAUUUUGUUGAAAAAUCAUGGAUGUACUCUCAAGUAGUUAAAAAAAUAAAAAAAUGUAGAUACUACUAUUGGGUACAUAAAGUUAUUUAUAUCAGUAAGCAACGAUAAACCAUUGCUAACAAAAUACUAUUUUGAGCGAAGUUCAGUUUUAGUUAUUUUGAAAAUAGAGAUUAAAAUUCACCAUCUAGUUCAGCAAUUCCUAAAGUGUGCGUCCUGGGGCACCUCGGUGUCUGUACAGGGGUGCUGUGUGAUCAUUUUAAAUAUUAACUGGUUUAAAUAUAAAUUUAAAACUCAAAUAACAGCAAAAACGGUGAGGCCACAUUCUUUUUUUUUAUUGAUUUUUCUCAAAUAACACUUUUUCAGUUAGUAACUAUUCUCCAAAUUAUUCACAUUGUACAUUGAAAAAUGUGGAUGUUUAGUAGUACUCCAUUUAAAAAAAAAAGUCUAGAUUCCUAAUACUUUUUCUCUAAACUUAAAAAAAAAACUGAUAACAAAAUGUUGAUACAUAUCAGUUUUAUUUACCUCAGUUACCUUUGGCUAAUAGUAUUAAUAACGCGACUGAUGUUACUCUGAUCAGAACAGGAUUUGAUUGCAAGGGUGCCUUUAGAAAAACUUAGUUUAAAAAGGGAGCCAUAAGUCUAAAAAGUUUUGAAAGCACCAAACUAGUUGAUAUACUUUUAUACUAAAUGAUUAAGGAAAUUAUUUAGAAAAUAUAAACAUUUAUAUAAUGUAUUAUAUUUCAAAUACCUGAAUAAAAUUAACCACAAUCAGAUUUUCAUAAAAUUUUAUAAUCAUAAUCCUGCAAACACUGCUUUAUGAUAAAACAAGUGAUAAAAUGAAAGAUUAUGUAUCUAUAGACUGUUAUUAUUUAUUAAUAUCAUCAGGUAGUUCAGAUAUAAUAUUACAGUAAACUUUGAAUACUUCAAAAUUCAGAAGAACGAGGUGAAAAUUUGAUUUAUAUAGGUUUUUGAUUUAAUGAGAGUUUGAGGUAAAAUUCAAAUUAAACUUUAUUAAAACUUAUAUUAUAUAUUUAUUAUUUAAUAUAUUUUACAUUUAUUAUUUUAUCUAAGUACAUAUUAUGUACCUUGCAAUUUAUGAUUCGUACUACUCUACCCUCAUGUACUUAUAAUAUAAUUUUAAUAAUAAUACAUUAAAAAUUAAUUUUGUAUAUGUUUAACAUUAUUCUUGUAAAUGUUAGAUCUGUAAAUAUUUUAUGAAAAUAAAAUAAAAUAUAUAAUUUAAAAAAAAAAAAUCAUUGAUAAACAAUAUGAUUAUAGUCUAGAAAUAACAGCUAUUUGGGAAAUUAUUACUGAUAUAGUGAUAUGCUAUUAUUAUAUAAUCACUAUCAUUAUUUUUUGAUGUUAAAAUGAUAUAUUCUAGGUCUAGUACUAGUAAAUUUGUAUUAUAAAGGUUUUGGCUAAAAAUAUUUAAAUUGUAGAGUGCAGUCUCUUUAUUAUUCACAUAUUUAUUUUGAAUUAUGGAGGUUUUUUUCAGAGGAUCAAAUGUUAAAUUUAAUUUAUGGUGGUCUUCAAAUAAUUAUGAGUACUUAUUAUGUAGCAAUUUAAUAUUAUUGUAAUUUUACUAUCCAAAAUAUAUUAAAUGGAAAAAAAAUCUUGUAUUUAACAUGAUUUGUAAAAACGUUAAACUAAAAAAACUAAUUAAGCAUCAAUGAAUUAAUUAUUUGUGUUUUCAGACAAUUAUUAAAUGAUAAUGAACUUUUUGAAGUUCGUGAAGCUUGUGAUAUGGCUAUUGAUCUUAAUAAGUUAAAAAUGAAAGUUUAUGAAUAUGUAGAAAGUAGAAUGACUUUUAUAGCUCCUAAUCUAUCUGUCAUUGUUGGUGCAUCAACAGCUGCUAAAAUUAUGGGUAAUUUGUUUAAAAUUUUCUAUAUUAUUAUAAAUUUCUUAACUUAUUUGUAUUUAUUAAUUCAUUAGGUGUUGCAGGAGGCUUAACAAAUUUAUCAAAAAUGCCAGCUUGUAAUGUUCUAUUAUUAGGCUCUCAAAAAAAACUUUUAUCUGGUUUUUCACAAGUAAAUGCAAUGCCUCACACAGGUUUUAUUUUUCAUUGUUCAUUGGUACAGAAUAAUCCACCGGUAUGAAAUGGUUAUUAACUAUUAUAUCUACUUUUUUUUUUGCCAAGUUUUAAUUUCUUCUGUUUUUUAGGACUUACGUAGGAAAGCCGCCAGACUUGUUGCAACUAAAAGUACUUUAGCUGCAAGGGUUGAUGCCGCACAUGAAAGUAUUGAUGGUCAUAUAGGAAUAAUUUUAAAAGAAGAUAUUGAAAAAAAAUUGGACAAAUUAACAGUUAAUAAAUUAUAAUAUUCAUAAUAAUAAAUUAUAUAACAUAAGUAUAUUACUACAGUAAAACCUCCUUAUAGCGGACCCCUAUAAAGAGGAAAACAACAAUGGUUCAGUGUAACUGGUAUCCUGUAUAUUUUAAUCUCUCUAUGAUGUAAACUCCUUUAUAACAGAAAAAUAAGUUGGUACUAAGCGAUUCCAAAAUGAAAAGGUUUUACUGUAUAUUCUUUUUAAAGAUUGCCUUUUGCUGAAACUGAUCAUAAUUUAGUCUGUCUUAUAAUACAAACAUCUGCAUAGUUUUUUUUAUUUUAAAAUCGUGUUUAGGUUCUAUGUAUUUUAGAUUCUGUUUGAAGUGAGGAAUGUAUUGGUUUUACAAUGAUGUUUAUUUAUUUAUUUUUUAUACUAUGUACAAAAAUUCUACCAGGAAUCUUGCUCCUAAAUUCCCCUUUAUAUCCCAACUUCUCACUCACAAUAGUGGCCCACCAAUUAUACAAAGUAUGCUCUUUUUUUAUAGCGAAUAUUAAACAUUCAAUUUAAAUUUAGCUUUAUUAACAAUAUAAAUUAUAUUGCUAUUUUAUUUAUGUUAAUUAUUUUAAAUUACGUGUAACAUUUCUAAUUUUUACAGGAACCACCUCCAGUUAAAUUUGUUAAACCUCUACCCAAACCAAUUGAUCCAGGUCGAAAGAAGCGAGGAGGUAAAAGAGUUCGUAAAAUGAAGGAACGUUAUGCUGUUACAGAGCUACGGAAACAAGCAAACAGAAUGAAUUUUGCUGAUGUAAAUGUUCAGUAAAAUGUUUUUUAUAUUUUACAUUUAUUUAAACCAAAUUUAAAAUGUAGAUUGAAGAUGAUGCUUAUCAAGAAGACUUAGGAUAUACUCGAGGAACUAUUGGAAAAUCAGGAACUGGUAGAAUUCGUCAUGCUCAAGUUGAUGAAAAAACUAAAGUACGUAUUUCAAAAACACUCCAAAAAAAUUUACAAAAACAACAAGCAUGGGGUGGUGCUACUUCAGUAAAAAAACAAGUAUCUGGUACUGCAUCAAGUGUGGCUUUUACUCCUCUUCAAGUAAGUUAUUAUACAUAUAUUUCUUUAAUAAUGAUUUAAAUAACAUAAAUGUUUCUUCACUCAAUAUAGAAUGAAAAAUGCCAGAUUUAUUUGUAUAUUAGUUUGUAAAGUUUUGUGUGCCUAUUUUUAAAGGAAAUGGUAGACUGUGAAAACAAUAAAAAAGAAAAAAUCAGUAGGCCCAGCUGGUAGAAGUAGCAUAUCUAAGAACCAAUUUGGUUUUUUCUCAGGGAAAUUGACAAUGGAGAUAGUGUUUUGUGUUAGACAAAUUGUAAAAAAGUAUAGAGAAAAGAGGAAAACCUAUGAAAUAUAAAGUAAUAAAUAUAAUAUACUAAUUGUUUUAUUUACAAUGUUAUGUUGAUUAAUGUUAUGGUUUUAUAUUAUCAAUGAUGUUAUGUAAAUUAAUUAAUCACGCAUGUGUACUGUAACUCCCUACGCCACCACAAGCUUAGCUUAAAGGUGUAAGUAAUUUUUGUUAUUACUUAAAUGUAUUUAUUUUAAUAAUAAAAAAAUUUACACAUUUUUCUCCAAAUCGAUGUCCCCCGCAAAGAUAAACAGAUCAAAAAAAAAAUAUAAUAUUUACAGCGCUAGAAAAAUCCGUCAACAUAGUGGGACACACUGUAUAUUAUAAUAAAAAAAAAAAUUCAUUUUCAAAAUGUAUACAUCAAUUUUUAUCUUUUUUAUGUUUUUAUCAAUUUGAAAUGCAAUCCAGUUUUUGGGUUUGUAUUUUCUAAGUAGGACUGAUUAUAUUUCAUGGUUCAGAGUUAGGGGGGUUGAGAAAAAAAUAUAACAGAAAAUGAGUGUAGCAAAAGAUGGGAUUGCUUGCUUAGGUGCAUGAAUGGAAUGACAAGAGAAGAUAAGAUAUGGAAUGAAUAAAUAAGCAAUAAAUAGUAGUCAAAAUGAGAGAAAAUAGACUGAGAAAGAGGAAUUGAAACCAAUAAUAAUGGUAAUGUAAAUAAGCAUAGGAGAAGAAAGACUAAAAAAAGGUGGAUAAUCCAAUUCAGAAUAAACGUACGACAGGUGUAUGCAAAAAUGAUGUGAGAGAUCGGGUUUAUGAAGCUUAGGGUGAGAGUUGUCGACUCCAAAAAGUUUGUUUAAAUGUGAAGAAAAACACUAUGAAGUAUUAUUAAAGUACUACGUCAGAAUAACUAUUUCUGAAUACUCUGAACAAUGGUUUAAUAAAAUUAUUGUACCUUAAAAUUAGUUAAUUUUGAAAAUGUUAACUGAAUAAAUAACAAAGGUAAAAACCUGUUAAAAAAAGUGUUAAAUAUACAAACUCCAAAUUAUUAUUUAGCUAGAUUUCUUAUCUAACACACCUUAUUAAAAAUAUUUAGGUCUGUAUGACCUUGUAGGCAAGGUUAUUUAAUAGUACUAUAAUAUUAUGAUUAUGUCUGGGAUUUCAAUGCAUUUUAAAUUGUUUUCCAAAGCUUACUGUACAUACAAUAAGCAUUGCUUAUUUUGCAUUUUUUAACUAGUUAUUUUUAAUUUUUAAAGCCUAGCAUGUGUUUCUUGUACUUUUUUUGGAAUUUUAUGAGGUAUUCCUAGGCCUAAUUAUGAUCAAUAGUAUUAUAUAACUUAUUAGAAUGUUUUAUAACAAAUAUUCUUUAUGUUUUAGGGACUGGAAAUAGUUAACCCACAGGCAGCUGAAAGUAAAAAUUCUGGUAUAAGUUCUGCUAAAUAUUUUUCCAACACUGCAAGUUUUGUUAAUGUAAUAAAUAAUAAACAAUAA